AUGGCAAAUCUUAAGGAUGAAACUUUUAAUGAGAAUGAAACAUCGUCCAUUUCCUUGGAAACAUCUAAAUUAGAAAGUGAAACUGAUAAGGAAUAUCAGUCCGAUUCGUUACAAAAUCAACCGCUUGUUGCAGAAUCUCUAAAUGACGAUAUUAGUCGCAAUAAAGACUUGGAUCCAUUGGCUAGUAACAGUGAUGUCGACAAGUCAGGCAAUGAUUCUAAUGCUUUAUCCAGUCAACGUGCUGCCAUUCCCGAACCUGCUAAACAAGAAAUUUCCCAGUCAAUCAUCACAAACCAAGCUAUUGAUGGCUCUAAUGAAAAUAAUUCUUACCUGCAACUCGAAGAAUUAUCUCCGGAAUCAGUUUUAAACACACUCACAGAAGGCAUUCACAGUACGGAUAUUCAAGAUUCUGAUCAAACAAGCGUUCAACGAACGGAUGAACAAACGCUCGAUGAUCAAUUGGCAGAAGAAUUAAAUCUGAACACACUCGAAGGCGUUCGGAGUACGGAUAUGCAAGAUUCUGAUCAAUUUAUUGCUCCCACAAGCGUUCAACGAACGGAUGAACAAACACCGGAGGAUCAAUCGGCAGAAGAAUUAAAUUUGAACACACUCGAAGGCGUUCGGAGAACUGAUAUGCAAAAUUCUGAUCAAUUUAUUGCUCCCACAAGCGUUCAACAAGAAGAUCGAACGGAUGAACAAACGCCCGAUGAUCAAUCGGCAGUAGAAUUAAAUUUGAACACACUCGAAAAAGGCGUUCGGAAUACGGAUAUGCAAGAUUCUGGUCAAUUUAUUGCUCCCACAAGCGUUCAACGAACGGAUGAACAAACGCCCGAUGAUCAAUCCCCGGAAGAAUUAAAUUUGAACACACUCGAAGAAGGCGUUCGGAGUACGGAUAUUCAAGACCCUGAUCGACUUAUUGUUUCCACAAGCGUUCAACAAGAAGAUCGAACAGAUAAACAAAUGUUCGAUGAUCAUAAAAGUGAAAGUAAAGACAACGAUCUCUGCCAAUUGAUUCCAAAUUUUUAUCAGCUGAUUGAAUUAUGUGCUGACGAAAGUGACAUGGGUUUAGUUCACAAGGCUGUUAUACAUCCUACUGAUUUAGAGAGAGUCUGCAAAUCGUUGGCUCAGGAAAGCUAUCGCUCCAUUUCUGAUAUACGAUUUGCAAAACUGGCAGAAGUCAAAAUUCGAAUUGUUGGUUGUUAUGGGAAUCGUGAGCUUAUCUUUAAAUUAUUGUUGCAAAAUAAUGUUAUUGACAAGCACAGAUACGAGGAAUUUAUCGAUGCCGAACGGAAACCCGAAUCAGUUCGCAGUUUAAAGCCAACGUUGGCUACUGGACUUUACCUACUAAAGAUUAAGUCGGAUUUGGGUCUU